GUUUUGCUUUUGAGCACUUUUUGAAGUGAGUGAGGUUAACUUUCGUGUUAUACAUUCGCCCCAGAUUUUUAAAUAUAAGAACUUGUUGAUAUAAUAUGUCUAAAAGACCUGAGCAUCAAGCACCACCAGAAGUUUUCUACAAUGAAGAUGAAGCAAGAAAAUACACACAAAAUUCUCGCAUCAUAGAGAUCCAAGGACAAAUGACAGAGAGAUGUUUAGAGCUAUUGUUACUACCUGAAGACACACCAUGCUUAUUACUGGAUGUUGGUUGUGGGUCUGGGCUGUCUGGCACUGUUCUAGAAGAGAAUGGACACAUGUGGAUUGGAAUGGACAUAUCUCCAUCUAUGCUUGAUGUAGCAGUAGAACGUGAAACAGAGGGAGAUCUAAUCCUCUCAGAUAUGGGACAAGGUGUACCAUUUAAAGCAGGAUGUUUUGAUGGUGCUAUAUCAGUGUCUGCCGUACAGUGGUUGUUUAAUGCAGAUAAAAAAUCACAUCAGCCAAUUAAGAGAUUGUACAAGUUCUUUAGUACUUUGUAUGCUGCUUUGUCAAGAUCGGCAAGAGCAGUAUUCCAGUUUUACCCUGAAAAUGACAAUCAGAUAGAGUUGUUAACAUCACAGGCAAUGAAGGCAGGUUUUUAUGGAGGUGUAGUGGUAGACUACCCUAAUUCUGCCAAGGCCAAGAAGUUCUUUUUAGUGCUUAUGACUGGGGGUUCCGCUCCACUGCCAAAUGCACUAGGUACAGAUGAAUCUGAUACCCGUCUACAAGUAAAAUACACAAGAAGGGAAGCAACAAGAGGGGCUAGAGGAAAACCAUUGAAGAACACAAAAGCCUGGCUUUUGGAAAAAAAGGAAAGGAGACGAAAACAAGGCAAAGAGGUUAGGCCAGACACCAAAUACACAGGGCGUAAACGAAGUGGGCGUUUUUGAAGAAAAGGCAAAACAAGAUCUAAGAAUAUAUAUUGUAAAUUAUCUACUAAGAUUAUAACAAAUUUUCACGCUUUUGUUAUCUUUUCACUAUAUAUUUCCAGACUGUAUCAACUCC